GGAGGGGAGGUGCAAACAGAACCUAGAGAGGGAGCAGACAGAUAGUACACAGGGAGAGUUGAGUCAGAGUCAGAUCAGAGCAUGGGGAGCUGAAGACCUUCUGCAGAAAUGUUGGGAGAGAGGUGAGGGUGAUCUCGGUGAGGGAAAUCUGAGCACUGAGAGAGCAAAGAAGGCUUUAGGAAGCGGUUGGCAGGAGGGCUCCGGACCUCCUUCUGCCCCCCUUGCUGCUGCUUCCUGAAGGGCUGUUGCCCCUGGGGCCCCCAGUCCCGACGCAGCUUCCAGCCCUUCCAGGGAUGCCUGAGCUAUGCGAGAACCUCACCUACGUCCAGGGCAAUGGCGGUCCGGUGACCAGCUCGCUGAUGUUUCUGGCUGGGGUGGUUGGCAAUGGACUGGCCCUGGGCAUCUUGGCAGCCCACCGGCGGGUGCUACGGGCUCGCUCCUCAGCCUUCGCCGUGCUGGUCACCGGGCUGGCCGGCACUGACCUGCUGGGCACAUGCUUCCUGAGCCCCGCUGUCUUCGUGGCCUAUGCCCAGAACAGCUCCCUCCUGGGGCUGACUCAGGGGCCGGGGCUUUGCCACUGCUUUGCCUUCGCCAUGACCUUCUUCGGCCUGGCAUCCACACUCAUCCUCUGUGCCAUGGCUGUGGAGAGAUGCCUGGCCCUCAGCCACCCCUACCGCUAUGCACAGCUCAAUGGACGUCGCUAUGCCAAGCUGGCCCUGCCUGCUAUCUACACCUUCUGUGCCCUGUUCUGCUCCUUGCCUCUGCUGGGGCUGGGCCGGCACCAACAGUACUGUCCGGGGAGUUGGUGCUUUAUCCAGAUGCGCUCCGAGGAGGCGGCUGUGCGGGCCUUUUCGCUGGCCUAUGCCACCCUGGUGGCCCUGCUGGUGGGUGCCAUCAUCCUAUGCAAUGGCUCUGUCACCCUGAGCUUGUGCCGGAUGUACCAGGAACAGCGGCGGCGGAGGGGUUCCCUGGCGCCUGGCCGAGCAGGGCCGGGGCCCAGGGAGGGCGAGGACGAAGUGGACCAUCUGAUCCUGCUGGCCCUCAUGACAGGCAUCCUGGCCAUCUGUUCGCUGCCACUCACGAUUCGUGGCUUCAGGCAGGCCAUCAAACCUGACCACAAGGACCUGGGAGACCUCAUUGCUUUCCGCUUCAGUGCCUUCAACCCCAUCCUGGACCCCUGGGUUUUCAUCCUCUUCAGAAAGGCUGUCUUCCGAAGGCUCCAGCACGUGCUCUGUUGCCUACGCCGGGCCCCACCCGUGGGGCCACCAGCUGUUAAGGUCCAUAAUUUCCCCUUUCCUGACACAACCCAGGGAUGAAACACCAGGCACCUGCCAAGUUUGAUCCCCUAGCCUCCGUUUGCCAUCUCAGCUCUUGCCAGGCUGGGUGGGGUGAAGGAGGGGAGCUGUGGCUUUUUGGGAUAUGGGAGGAAGGACAGACUGUUGGUACAAGCAGGUUCUCCUCCAGGUACCAAAGGCAGAGCCAGCCCCCCACCCCCCAAUCCACGAUAUCAGAAGUGGACCAAAUCUCCCACUCUCCAUUUCGUCUGUGUGACUCUGGCCACGUCCCUGCCCUAUUUUAGUUUUCUCACAUGUAAAAUGAAGGGGUUGGAAUAGUUUCCGAGGACGCUUCCAGCUUCAAAAGCGGAUGAAAUUCUCAGGGCCACAACUGGCUGUCUGGGUGGGGCUCAGCUGAAGGAGGGAACACAGGGGACAGACAUGUCUGCUUUCCUUACUGUCAGCCCAGGAACCCUGGCAUCUGGCUCGCCAGAGUCUCUGAAACCUUCCAAUCUUGGGCUUCACCUCAGCACUCCUCUAGGAUUACCCCAUAAGUAGCUGCUCCCAUGAAGGCCAGACAACAGAAGAAGGGGAAAAAGUCUCCUGGAACCUAGGAAGAAUAGCGAUCUCAAAAUAACCAGGCUUCCUGGUCCCUGCCCCAGCUCAGCUCAGUCCAGCCCAGCCCAGCCCUCCAUCCCCUAUCCAUCUCACUGUCUAAAUAUUUGGAAAGCCGGAAAGUUCUCAGUGGCUUCUGUAUCCUCAGUGUUAAUUCCCCAACUCUGGUCCCCACUCCCUGCUACCCUCCCCAGCGGUGGGCCUCUCCCCCUCAUCAGUACAGGAGACUUCAAGAUUUCAAGGGCUUCUUUCCCCAUCAGACAAGUUGCUCCUUCCAGCUCCCCCCACCAGAGUCAUCUCAUAUACUGCCACCCCACCCCCAUCCCUAGUCCUUAAUCAAGUUUGUUCCCUAGGGGAGAUGAAGUGCCCCAAGGUGAAAGGAAUGUCUGGGAGAUGACUGGAGGAAGAGGAUGGAGCUGGGGCGGUGGAGGGGGGUAGGGGUAAGCUGAUGAAUGGUAGAGUACAAGAAAGAAAACAGAGGGGCGGUGGCAAAAGUGGGGAGGGGAGGAGGUAGCUCAUAGACCACAUGGAAGCAUGUUCCCAUCCAAAUGUUGGGAAGUGGGCCAAGGGACCCAAAGCACUAUGCAUCCAAGUCCCAGGUGAAUGAGCAUCGCAAGCUUCCUAUUCACAGGGCGAAACCCUUAGGAUCUCAAAGCACUCAAUUUCUCCCCGUCCAUUGUCCAUUGAUGGCCCUGGCGUGAUGGAGGUGGAGGAUAGGCUUCCAGCCUCAGCCCAAGCCCUUCUAACCUCUAUGCUUUUCCCCAAGUUCACAGUUCCUUUCUGUGAACCCCAAAGUGAGUGAGGUCUCUUCUAGACCUCUGCAUGCCUUUGGGGGUCAAGGAAGGGGCUGGAGGCACAGCCCCUAAUCUGGGGCACCAGAGGGGAUGGUGAAUUGGCAUCUUGGCUGGAGGGUGAGUAGAAGAAAACAGCUUGACAGAUGAAUCCCACUUCCCCUUUCCGGACCAUGUGGGCUCCACCCUCUGCGAUGUGCCUAGUCCUUUUCAGCCUGGCUGGUUUAGGCCCAGCACAUUCUUCAGACCAAGCUGCGUGAUUCCGCAGCACAGGCUUCCUUUUGGCCACUAGGGGGCACUCUUUGACCAGCCUUUUCAGUACUGAACAUGGUGUCAUGAAGACCUGGAUUCAAAUACCAUCUCUAGGGUGUAUCAGUUGUGUGACCCUAGAUAAGUCAUUUAACCUCUGAUCCUAUUUGCUCAUCUGUAAAAUUGGGGAUUAUAAUUCCGUGUUGUUCCUACAUCAUAAGUGUGAGGCUCACAUAAGUAAAAAUGUGUAAAAAAUGACGUCCUUGGGGGGGGUGGGCUGUGAUUGGUCCAGGGCCCCAAGCCAGGAUGAGCACGCAGGGAUCGUCUCUCUCAAUCCCAGCGCUCUUUUCCCUGUCUGUGACUGGGGGUGUUUGAAAGUCAGACGAAAAGAGCUAGGCUGAACGCUGGCAAGAGGAAAAACCACUUCAGGGUAAUGGCUGAUAAAAUUUGAAUGUAUCACACUACCAUACGAAGUCCCUUCCUUCCCUCUCUGCCUUAGUUUUGUCAUCUGUCAGAUGACAGGGUAGGACAGGAUGGUCUCUCACGGUCCCUUUGAAGUGUGGCAUGCUGGGGUUUUAAGUUAGGGAACCACGGGGCAGAAGAUGGAUAAGUACAGUGGGACCAGAGUCUGAGCCAAAAGUCCCACCUGGAAGGAAUCACAGGACAUUGAAGCUGAGACAAGGCAAGAAAAGAGAUCCAGCACAGAGGGAAGGGGAAUGCGCAAUCGCACCUACUCAUAGCUCUUGGGCGUGGCAGGGUGGGGCCCUGACUGGAGAGGGCAGGCCUGGGAAGCACACCCCUGGAGGCGGGCUGGGUUUUUUUGGGGGGUGGGGCUGGAGUGGGAUUCGGGAGGAGUCGGUCGGGAGCUGACUUCCCCAUACACGGCUCCUCUUGGGAGCCGGGGAGCUCCUAAGUAGGGAUCGUAGGGCCCGGGGCCGGGCAUGGACUUUCUCAGUCAACCAAUGAACCAACCGUGGCGGGGUCCGGGGCGAGAGCUGUGCAAGAGACGCUCUGCCCUUAGAGGCCUUUCGGGCCCCAGAUCCUUGGGGCUGCACGAGGCUCUCUGCUUGGCGACUGCCUCCCUCUGCUGGCCACCCGGAGAUCGGUCCAAUCUUCGAGCGCUGGAGAGGGAUCUCAAAGCACUCAGCUCAUGGCCCUCUCCUCCAGCCCACGGGACUCCACACUACGCUCGAGGAACCGGUCGGGGAGGAUACAAUUCAUUCCCUAUCAUUCACUAAUUGUUUAUUUAGCUUAGACUUUGUUUGGGGGAGGGGGCAGUUAAACGUAGAUGCGGCUAAUGUUCCGGGCCUCAUUUUUCCCAUCUGUAAAAUGAAGGCUGCUCCCCACGCCCGGAAGGCUCCAUCAGUUCCCUUCAAGCUUCAGCGUCAGGGCCCGUCCAGUUAUGCUGUGGCCCUCCGCCCUCCGCCCUCCCCCCUCCCAAAACGACCCUGCACCGGUCCUUCCUCGCAGACAGUGAGGCCUUUGAGGGCAGAGCCCAGGCACCCAUUCCGCAUGCGCACCCCCAGCUCCUCCCGGGAUCUGGCCGGUACUUGCAGACUUAUCCAAGGCUCCUUCUAGCCUCCGCUUCUAGGCUCUCUGUCUGUUUAAAUACUCAUCAAAGGGCUCCUAGGUAACAGCAGCCCGCGGCGCAGGCACUCCCGGAGGUUUGCACGAGCAGAGGUCAGGCUGCACGCUGGGGUGAAAGAGGGAGCCGUCCAGCAGCAGCCACAGGCCACGUCCACUCCCGCAGCCGAGCUAGGCCCCGGCUAGCUUCCCCCAGAAGCAAAUAAUGCCCACAGUUGCUUCCUGGGUGUCUAGCAAAAAGGCAAAUGGCUUAACCUUUUCAGGCCUCAGUUUCCUUCUCUGUAAAAUAAGGGAGAGAGUUAGACCCAAUGGUCUCUAAGAUCCCGGCAAGAAAUAUGGCAUAGUAAAGGCUGAAUUUGCCCUCAGGGCUUUGAGUCCCAGUGAAUUGGGUGACUGACACUGCUUCCCUAGGACCUGAGGGAUUGGACAAAAGGAGCUCCGAAGUCCCUUGCAGAGCUCCGCCAGGAGUCUUUUGGCCUUAUAUCCCACGAUCUUGUUCCAUUUUGGCCUCUCCAACCUUUAGGCCCUAACCCCCAUCUACUAACCCUUCCACCUACCGUCUGGCCCCCUCCCCCUCAAUUUGGCUGCCUCACUCACCUCCAGGAAGCCCACUGGGGUUGACCCCUGACCAUUCCUCCCAGUAGAGGAAGAAUGGCACUUUGUGGCAGAAGAAACAAGGACUGGACACUUCUUGAUCCACUCCUAACUUGUCUGUCUUGGAAAUCAGGGCCUUUCUCAUCAGCUUGUUGGAGCUGUGUCUCUGCAGCCAGGCCCCUCCCUGCCUGACAAGGGGCAAAAGGUCUCCGGUCCCAGGGGAUGUGGGCAGCCCAUCCCCUUGUGGUGCUGGGGUGGCCGAGUGCCCUCUACCUUUACUAACCCUUAUACAAAUCCGACUCGUCCCUCCAGUCUAUCAGCCUGCUGCUGGGCCCCUUCUGGGCAGCUGCCUCUGCCGACCUCACACCCUGGAGUUCCACCACUUACUCCUCAAUGGACACAGUUAUCAUGCAAUUAAGUCCUGUAUCGUGCUUCACUGUAUUCUCCAAGGUGCCUCGCACAGGCACAGUGUUCUCUGAUCAGUGCCUGUUCAAUAAACUUGGAUCACAAGGCCUUUUCAUUCAGGAGGUCCUUGCAUACCACUGAA